AUGGGGCGCAUUCGACAUAAUGUAUUGAAAUUCGUACACAAGUUCAAAAAAGACAUCUUACACGACACGACAGGGAGUCAUGAACAUUCCGGCACAUCACGAGGAGAAGCAUCACAUGUGGAUCCACAGAACUGGGAUCUGUACUGGGUUUCGCACACUGACGAUCCUCCGGAAGAAUACCCUCGAGCUAAGCCGUUGAGAAGAGACAUUCCGGAGCCGGAAUUUCCAAGAGAACAAGCUCCUAAAAGUUCGAUUGAUUACCCAUCUCAAGAAAAGCUCGACAUCGUUGAGAAGGAACCAUCCCACAGAACCAAGACUACAAAUCUUGAGGGAAGGGAUAACCGGGAUGAGAUUGAUGUUUCAGAGAGUGCCGCAAGUCAAUCUAAUAGCAUCGCCAUGCAGAAAGAGGCAGAACUCCAAAAACCUAUUGUCAUGCAGGAAGGAGCGAACCUUCGAAAACCAAAAGCAACAUUCAGUGCUAUCAUUGGAACAGAGACGACAGCAUCAGAGUCACUUGCUGGAAAGACCGACGCCGCAACAGAGACUGCUGCUGACUCUCCUUCGCAACCUUCCAGUCUCUUUUCCCGCACUCGAUCAAUUCUAGACUUCCGUCCUGAAAUUUUAAAAAUAGCUAUUGGAAAACUUGCAAACUUCCAGGGGUUGAUGCCAUCCCUGAAGUUGCUUGUAGUUAAGUUUCCUACUCUAGUAACUUCAUCUCAGCCACUUAACAAGCCCGUGGUGCCCGCCACGCCAGUGAAGAAGAAACCCGAUCGCAUCCAUUAUGAGAGGACUCCCCUGGCAACUUACUCCCGAGUGAAGUCGCGUUUACAAGAUCGGCCCCCGCUGGUGGCUGCAUUUGCAGAUGAAGUUUCCGUGCUCAGUCCUUAUUCACUUGUUCCAAAGAAAGGAUUCGAGGAAGAGGUGCCCAAUAGUCUACACCCACCGAAGGCGACGAAAGAUGUUCUUCAGAAUCUAUUAGACCUGUUACCAACUCCUUUUGCUGCACUUUGUGCCCCUGAGGGUCCACGCAAGCAAUCCCUGACAUCCAUUCUUGGUGGGCGCGCUGCAAAGAAAGUGAUGGCUGAGAUUGAGCAUGAUCCUCUGAAUGAUUCGAUGAUACCUCGGUACCAAAGGUGGAAGAGGAUCAAGAGCAGGACAUUACACAACGUGCAGUGGUUAGCUCUGAUCACAGCAUGCGUUCUCCUCAUAUGCGCUGCGCACAUUCCUCGGCUUGUGCAGAUCAAGUGGUGGAGUUUCGAAUUCUGGCAAUGGCUAGCCCUCGGCUUCGUUGCCUUGGCUGGACGCCUCCUCUCCGGUUGGGGCGUUAAGAUGAUGGUGAUAUUGAUCGAGUACAACUUCCUCUUGAAGAAGCGCGUUCUUUUCUUCAUUUUCGGUCUGCGCCGUUCUGUGAAGAAUGCAAUCUGGUUGGGGUUUAUCCUUCUUGCCUGGACCAUCGUGACCCGACACAUUGAAGACAACUCAGGCAUAAUUCCUACUAUCUCCAAGCUCCUCAUUUGCUCUUUCACAGCGUCGACUCUCUGGGUAACGAAGGUUCUGCUUGUGAAGAUUUUAGCCAACACCUUCCACCGGACUGCAUAUUUUGACAGGAUCCAAGACUCUAUUUUCCAAGAAUACGUGUUAGAAACUCUAUCGCAACCACGGAGUCACAAAUAUGCUCGCAAACACGGUGGGUUCGGCGACGACAGGAGAGAGGCUGCCCCUGUGCCUAAACUCAGGACGGCUGCCAACUCCCACAACAAAUUGGCACGAAGGGAGGCAAAGAAACAGGGGCGUAUUGAACGUCAAUACUCACCAACACCAACAGAAUCCUCUUUAAAAAGAAGAUUUACCCGUCCACAAGAAUCAGCUUGGCAACCAUACUCAGACACUGCACGCACUCUUACUUCAAUUGCUGACUCCUUGGCCUUGAAAGUGCCGACCAUCCCCGAGAUUUUGUUAACAAUGCCUUCCAUCUUCCCCUACCCCAGUUUCCUUCCUCCAUUCUCUUCCUCACCCAGCUCGGCCGAGACCCAAAAACCACUCAGCGUAUCUCGUACUGAAACCCCACCCGGCACAUUCAACCUGCAGCAUGAGGUCAAGGAUGAAGAAUACCUUCAAGAUGUGGAAUCUUCAGUUCACCUUGCUGCGCUUGAGGAAAAGGACAUGGGAGAGGAUGAAGUAACUCAUGAGAUACUAGUAGAAGAGAAUAUUCAACUCGAGCAGGAUACUCAUUCAGAACAACAGGUCGUUCCACCCAACAAAGAGGUCGUUCCACGUGAGGUGACCUUUGAGAAUGAAGCGCACACACAUGAGUUUGUCGAAUUGGAGCAAGAUGUCAUUCAAUCCGAGAUGGACCUGCAAGAAAAACAAGCUUUGCCGGUGGAUGACGCAUCUUCUGGUGUUUCUCCUCCCAUUUCCUCUCAUGAUGUCAAUGGCCCUGUAACUAUUCCCGUGCUCAGUGAAGCUCCUAUUCCAGAGCCAACCGAAGCGCUCACUCUAGUAGAGACUUCGAAACCAGUAAAUGUCCAGAUCUUCGAGAUGGCCGAGGUUGAAUUGGGAGAUGAAACGGGACACAAGCAACAAGCAUCACUGGCUCAAGACAAGAUUCAAGUUCUAACCAAGGAUUCAGUGUCAGCGUGGACGUUGAUGAGGUUGAUGAAGGUAGUGCGCACUCGAAACUUGUAUAUGUACUCAAGGUCAUCCUUGUUGAAACCGGAUUGGGAGAUAGACAGUAUUCCUGCAGCCACAGCUGGUGCCAAACAUAUUUUCAAAAAUGUUGCGGAGCCAGGCAAACAGGAAAUCGUGCUCAAGAAUUUCAUGAAAUUCUUUUCUGCAGACAGAGCAACGCAAGCAUUCUCGAGAUUUGAAGUGACUGUGAAUGGUACUAUCACAAAGCAAGCGCUAUUCAAGUGGGUCCUGGAUGUGUAUAAGGAGCGGAAAUCUUUGUCGCUCACCUUGAAUGACAACCGCAGCGUUAUUUACCAGGUCAACUUACUUCUCGAUGGGGUUUUGAUUGCUAUAAUUAUUUCUAUUAGCUUUCUUAUUAUGGGCUUCAACAACCAAGCUUUGCUGGCAUGUACUAGCAUACUCUUAGCCCCAGCUGUUUCAAUUUUUGGCAACCUAUGCCGGAAUACUUUUGAGUCGCUACUUUUCUUAUUCGUCGUGCAUCCAUUUGAUGUUGGCGACCGGGUUUUAAUUGGAGGAGUACCCCUGAUGGUCGAGGAAAUGAAAAUCAUGACGACGUCGUUUCUCAAUAAUUCCAGUGAAAGUGUCACAUAUCCUAAUUUUAUACUGAUCAACAAGCCAAUCGCAAAUAUUCAUCGAAGUCCAGACCAGUGGGAUGCUGUCGAAUUCCACAUUCUAGCAAAUACUUCCCUCGAGAGAAUAUCCAUUCUCAGGAACCGAAUUGACAAGUACGUCCAAUCUCUUCCUCAGAUCUGGUAUCCACAAUGGCGGCUCAUUGUGCGGGACAUUGAAAACACCAAUAAACUCAGGCUGUUAAUGACUACACAACAUCACAUCAAUUUCCAGGAUGCGGGAGAGAGGACACAACGACGAAGUGAUAUGGUAUUACAUAUUCAAGCAUUGAUGGCAGAACUGAACAUUGGCUACGAAUUCCCUCCGGGUCACGCCUUUGUUACCAAGCUGUCACUGGAAGAUCCCUCUCUACUUGCAGAGUAUUCGUUCAAUUAGGUGUGUGGUUUGAGGAAAUUUGGUGCAAUGCUUGAAUUCUUCCUUCACGCCUCACUGCAACAGA